UGCUGUCAAUGAAAAACUGCGUGUGGAAAGUUUUGAAUUCCGUGCACGAAUUCGGACGCAGUGUUGUGAUGGCGUCGGCGGCGGCGAGACGGAAAUAGACGAGGAAAAACUCUUCGCUCAUUUCUAAGAGCUGGAUUUGGCAAUUUGUUUAAAAGGACCAAGACAGAAUUCCAAGAUCCAGUUAAGACAGAGAAGCAGAGGAAAGAUGUCAUCAAUUAGCGACACAUCAACGUGGCUGAAGUUCUUCACAGAAGCAGGCAUACCAGCUGGAGAUGCUACUGACUAUGCCAUAAUAUUCACAGACAAUCGAAUAAAACAAGAUAUGCUGAUGGACCUGAACAAGGAGUACUUGCGGGACAUGGGCAUAACUGUCAUGGGGGAUGUGAUAGCCAUCCUGAAGCACGCAAAGGUUUUUUGUGGCAGGCAGCGGGUUUUGCAGGCUUCUCAAUCUACUCCUCAGUAUGAUGGAUGUGCUCCACCACCAAAGAAGAGCACACCGGCCACGCGGAUGCUGGAGCAUUAUGUCCGGAAAGAAGACCCUCCACCACCUGCUCCUCCACCUAGCAGUAGCCCAAACCUAUCGCAGAGCAUGUCUGCACGCUUGGGCUCUGGAUUAAAAAGAUCAGCAGAGGAUGAUGAUUCACCUAGUGCAAAUAAAAGAAGUUCAGUAUUUAAUAGACUUGGGGACAAUUCAGUAACCAGUACAACUAGUGACACCCCAAAGAUCACCAUUACUAUGCAUGGCAAGGAUAUCAAACGCACAGCUGCUGCCAUGGAUAGUAAUAAAAAGUCACCUACAUCAGUGUUUGGUCGAUUAGGCAAUAAAGACAAUGGUGCAAAUGGAGGGUCUGGGGACCGAGAGCCUAGUCCAGGCAAACCCUUAGAAUAUCAGGGAAUUUUGAAGUAUUCCUCAAAGGAGAUUUUUGAAAAGAAUUUAGCUGCCAAAAAGAAAAGUUUGGCAGCAGUGGCAACCAUGAAUGCUGACACAACUACAGGUAUUAAGAGCAGAUUGGGGGUGCAGAGCAGCAGCGCAGGAGGUCUGACCAAAAGUGCUGGAAUAUUUGCCAGGGAAACAGAGGAGGCAAACAAGCUGAAGAGUAGCAAGGCUACUCCGUCAGCACCCGUGAGAUUAACUGUAGGAAAAAAGGUCUUGCCUGCAGGACGGACUGUGGUAACAGCUGUAGCCACUUCGUCCUCUAGUCCAAUGACAGGCAAAAAAAUAAUAAAGAAAAUCAUAAAGGUAAACAAAAAGACAGGUGAGAUUGUGAGUGAAAAUGAAGUGACAACAAAGAGAAAUGUGUUCAGUAGACUUGGAAAUUGAUUAGCUAUUAAUAUUAUAUAAAAGAGUGGUUUGUAGAUAAACUGUGCAUUUUAUUUUUUAGUAGAUACUGUCAUUGUUAUAAAGGUUGGUAAAAUAUCUUACUCAUUUUAUAAUGAAUAUUCAGGGAAUAUGUAGAUCAAUGUUUUAGCUUGUUUCAGAGAUUGUUCUUUGUACAGAUAUGGUGCUGCAGGAGUCAUAAAUGGUUUAGAAAACAUGUUAUUUUGGAAUAAGUGAACAUGUAGGUUCUUUAUUUUCCCAACAAAAGGCUGUAUGAAAGGGAGUGAUUUGUUGCUUAUAAGGGAUGUAUGGAAUAACAUUAACUUAGCCAGUUCUAUGGCCAUGUUGUGAUCUGUAGUUAAAACAAGAAAAUGAAAUACACCAAUAAACAGUUUUUAAAGAAUUA